AUGUCAUCUGUUUCACAUGGAUACUUCGAAACCGCUAGUUGCGGUGCUACCGCUCUAAACUGUUCAUGGACUCUGGAAAAGGCCAUAUCAGGACAAGUAUCGCAGGUUCUGCGCAUUCUUCGCAGCCUCUCUGGUCCGCAUGCUUGUGGACACUCGUCGCGAUGGUCUGUCGGUGGGAGGAGUGGCCACCUGACGGUGUGGGAGUUCAUGAAACGAACUAAAAUGACUGGUCGGGUCUUUUAUCUACUUCGUAGUAUUGUUCAUCUCAUGGAGACCACCAAGACCCUGGAAUACCUUCAGUGGCUGCUUCAACAGCUCAGCUCUUUUGAUCUUGGAAGCCACGGAUGUGAUCGGGUGCUCAUGCAAAUGCGGCACUGUUCUCUCUGUGCUGGCUACCCUCUUGUUCACCCUUGUCCGGCCUUCUGCGAGGUCUCCUUGGCUCGUUGUCUUCGUCCAAUCAACAAACUCCAAUCCUCUUGGACUAGCCUGAUUAACACUCUCUAUGACCAACUUCAAGCUUGGUCUAAUCCCACCUGCCCUAUGAUCCGCAACAUAGUGCUCCACGCUCCUCUGGCCAUCCUCGAAUUUCAUCGUGUCAUCAUGAAGUCCGUACAGGACGAGAAAUGCUUGAUUAGCACGUCUGUGCUUUGCCUCUGUCGGUUCUCCUCCAGCUCCAAAGCCUCAAGCGAUUGUGGAUCAGUGCGCCAUCUAAGAUAUGCCGAGAAUCACCCCACCUCUCCUCCUCCACGGCUGUCUCAUCACAGGCCUGUUGGAAUGGGACAGCCAUCGGACCGUGAGUGCAAUUUGCAUUUCCUCUAUCGAAGCUUCCUCCCU